CAGCAAUCACAAUCAGCAUUGACCGAGUAAUAGUGACCGAAGGUAGACGUGUGUGAACAUUACUUAUAAUAUGAUAUCGAUGAAUGUGUGCGUUUUAGUGUUGGUUAUCGUGAUCGGUAUUAGUGCUUACCAGCCGCAAACGCCGCUUAUAAAGAAUGUAUUUCGCGAUGGAACUCAUCUCGAAGGUCCACAUUUCGCUAAAGAUGAAAGUGCUCUGUAUUGGGUGGACAUAACGGAGCAGAAAGCUUACAGACUUGACAUAGACACGGGCAAUAUUACCAGCAGGUAUAUAGAAUAUGGUCCAGUGAGUUUGAUUGUAAGGGUGAAGGAUUACCCAGGGCUAGUAGUGGUGUCAGCUAGAUCGGAACUGUAUUUCCUGGCAUGGGACGCGCCCGGGGGUGACAAAGCUUUGAGGCAGCUAACUGCCGUGGACGUAGGCUUGCCUGACAAUAGAGUGAAUGAUGGCAAGGUGGACGCUUCAGGAAGACUUUGGUUUGGAACAAUGGGCAAUGAAGUGAAUGGAGAGAUAGAUAAGGACCAAGGCACACUGUAUUCCAUAACGCAGUACAACUUCAUGCAUCCCGAGGAGAAAGUCCGUCCUGUCUCUAUAUCUAACGGAAUAGCGUGGACAUCUGACAACAAAUUCAUGUUCUACAUUGAUUCGCCCACUAGAAACAUUGAUGUGUUCGAUUUCGAUCUCGUAUCUGGAACUAUACGCAAUAGGAGAGUACUAUUUAGUUUCCAAGCCAAUAAUGUGACAGGAGUGCCAGAUGGGAUGACCAUUGAUAGAGACGGAAACUUGUGGGUUGCAUGCUAUGAUGGAGGAAAGAUAAUCAAAGUAGACCCAAGGGCCGGCAAACUAAUGGAACACCACAGAAUACCUGCCAGCAAGGUCACAUCGUUAACUUGGGGUGGAUAUGAUUACUCCACUCUAUAUGUAACAACUAGUAAACGUGGUUUGAACCCACUACAGAAGACUCAGGAACCAGAGGCUGGUUCAUUAUUUGCGAUAGAAUUCACAGGCUCUAGAGGUAACCCUGAGAAUCAGCUAGCAUUUGCUAAUGCUGACAAAUAUUAAAAACAAAAAACAAUAACACAGCAAUAGGUAGCAGCAAAGCCUUCUUAUGGGUAUCAAACAGGACAAUAGCCAUCUAUACUACAGCCUUUCUUUAUGAGUCUGCAUACUGGUCUUCAAAACAUGAGUACUGUUUACCAACAAAGAAAUUAGAAAUGAAGGUGGAAAACACAUGUCAUAUCAUAACUUAUUCAUUUUUAAUUAUGUAUGGUUUGUUCAUAAAACGUUAUAUAAAAUAUAUUAAACAUAUCUAAUUGUUCUAAGCUUAUUAAUGAAAGGUAUUUUCAUUAAUUUAAGAACAAGUUAAUUAUAAUUAUUGUUAGGUGUGAAAUGAAUAGUGAUUUAUACCCUCAUUUUAAAUUUGUUUGUUGGUUGUUGUUUCUUCUAUUGAGACCUCGUGCAACAAAUAGAUUAAGAAAAUAAAUAUUCAAUAAUACAACACUCUUUAUCAUGUCAUUAACCCUGUAGCAGUAUAGCAGGAUUUGAUUUUGAGACAAAGAUAGAAAUAUGCAGAGCAAAACAUCAUUAUGUAUAUAUCAUUAUCUACUAACCAAGCCCCAUAAAUCAAAGUCUACAAUGUGUUCCUAAAAAACAAAAAUCAUGAUAGAUUUAGGAAAGAUAAGUCUUAAAUACUGUACUAUUGUUUUAUAUUAUUGAGAAAUAUGUGAGAUUAAAAUAUGCUAAUUU